AUGAACACUAUCAACGCCCGGAGUGGCACCCUGUCACCGCUGUCAACCGACGGCCAAGAGUGGUCCCCCAUCAACGGGUACCGGAACAUCGCAGGCGACAACCCCUACUCACCCACAAUCCCACCCAACACCUACGGUCCAAGCAACCCUGAUGGCGGCAUGUCGAAUGGAAUGCGCCCAGGCACCAGCAAUGGAAACCCCUCACCGCCCAGCUCCGUUGGCCGCUCAAGCGACGGCACGGGCCUGUACGCCUCGAGCCUCAACGAGAGCAUGCGGCCCAUGAUGGACAGCCGGAAGAUACAGGCUCUCGAGGAGACCAUGGCCGAGCAUUUUCACGUCCUCAAGGCCUAUCUCGGCCCAUACCUCAACGACGAAAAGGGAAACCCACGACCAAGCAGGGCAAAGGACAAGCUGACCAGGCUGUCGGCCGUCCAGUUCCAGGAACUGAGCACCGAUGUUUACGACGAGUCAAUACGCAGAGAACAGGAUCGCAAGCGCGGAGGGCCGGGUGCGCCUGGAAACGAUACUCCGCAAUUCCUCCUCCCCAAGAACAGCUUCCACCCCAAGCGCAACCAGGCGCGACAGAAGCUAUCGACGCUGCCUCUCGAGCGCUUCCGCCAGCUUGCUACCGACGUCUUCUACGAGCUCGAGCGCAGGUUUCCCCGCUUUACUGGAGGCGAGAUGCCACCGCGUCCAUCAAGCCCAGCCAUGAGCGUUCAGAGUCGCAUGAGCAACAGAGGGCCCCCGAGCAGAGCUGGUACACCAAACAGCAUGGGCGGCCGACCUCCGCCUGGCCAAGGGUAUCGAGGACCGCCUCCCAUGGGCGGGCCAAUGGGCGGGCCAAUGGGUGGUCCAAUGGGUGGUCCAAUGGGUGGUCCAAUGGGUGGACCUCCAGGACCGCCGGGACAAAUGCGGCCCGGCUCGGGAAAUGAGCCAGGCUCCUUUGGACGCCCAUUGCCCAAAACGUUCCAGUCAAACACAAUUGUCCCGAACAAGGGUACUCUGGUUGAAGACGACGAUGACAGUGCUGCAGAUGACGACGAUUCCUUCAACCUCGAGGGCGCUGCUGCUAGACGGCAAACAAACAAGAGCGCAAAGAGCAUAAACAUGGCUCAGGAAAAAAUGGUAGAAGACCUCCAGAAUCAGGUGUCGGAACUGCAGGGCAAGAUUGGUACCUUGGAGACUACACUACGAGACAAGGACGAAGAGUUGGAACGCCUUGAGCAGGCUGGCAAAACGCAGGUCGGCGCCUCGGAGACUGACCGUGCAGAGUGGGAUCGUCUUCGCUCGUCAUUGGAGCAAAAAGUCGAGGAGGCAGAGAGCCUCAACUCGUCUCUCCGGUCGGAGAUAGACAGGCUGCGCAAUGAGAACGAAGACAUUGAAAAGAACCUUCGCGCACAGAUUGCCGACCUCGAAUCGAGACCACCUCCACAAUCGGCGGAUAGCGGCGAUGGACAGUGGAGACAACGGUGUGAAGAGCUUGAACGGGAGUUGAGUGAGCAACAGCAAGUGACGGACGAGGUCCGACGAGAUGCGUCCAUGUUCUUACAGGAAAUGAAGGAGCUGUCAGCUCGCAGUGAUGCGGCUGCAGAAAAGGAGGAACAAAUGGCGAAUCAAGUUCGGUCGCUCGAGGCUGAGCUCAAGGACUGGAAAUCACGAUACGCGCGCACCAAGACGCAACUUCGAAACCUCAAGGCAUCGUCCAUGGGCUUGUCCCAACUUGUAGCAGCCGACCUGGGUGGCUAUGCCCGCGACUCUUCCUUUACAUCUCCCGAUGGAAUCGUCAAAGAUGUACAUGUAACCAAAUUCCAGCUCAGUAUUGACGAGCUGCUUCAGAUGGCAAGGAGAGCCAAUUCGGAACAGACUCUUGAAGGCAUGCGCCAUGUUGUCAAGUGUGUCCGAGCGAUCACGGGAGAUAUCGAUAACACAUCGCUUUCGCAAAUCCAAUCACCCACAAGCAGUGUGAGCGGUGACAUGCUGGCAAAUCCAGAGAAGCAACAGGCAAAGCUAAAGUCGCGUGUCAGCGCUACGGCCAACAACCUUAUCACGGCCACGAAGAACCAUGUGGCUUCUGGUGGACUUUCGCCAGUUAGCCUACUGGAUGCUGCUGCUAGUCAUCUGUCCACUGCUGUUGUCGAGCUAGUCAAACACGUCAAGGUUCGACCUACACCAGAGGAUGAACUCGAGGCCGACGAUGAGGACGCCGACAGGCCCAUGCCACUCAAACCGGCUGUGUAUUCAAACAACGCUGCAGCAAUGAAUGGUGGAGCCACGAUGAAGUCUGGCCAUCAACGUGGUAGUAGCAGCAGAGGUGGUAGUAGCGACACUACUCGCUACAGCGCAUACAGCGGCUAUGAUGGUCACAGUGUCGGCGGGAACGGCGCACCCGACGGCGGCAUGCUCGAGUUCAAGAACUACCUUGAAGAUCAAACGGCUCUUCUCGUCCAGAGCAUCCAGCCUCUCGUCACGCUCAUACGUAACAAUCCAGAUGGGUCGCCUGCGGAUGAUCAGCAAAUACAUGAAUACAUUCAAGAUAUUUCACAGGCAGUUGAGGACACUGGAAACAAAACCUACGAUGCCGUCAACCAGCUAUCGAAUUCCGCUCUGAAGAAGCAUGCCAUUCCAGUGGUUCAAGUCCUCGAUGAGUGCAGACAAAGCAUGCUGGCUGUUGAUGUUAGAGGUGGAGGCCGCGAGAAAAUCCCACCCCUUGCGUUCAGGACUGCAAGGGCUCUCAAGGAACUCGUACUCCGUGUCGACCGCAUCGAAUCGGGUGAACUUACAGUCGAGCAAAAUCUUAAUACUGAGUGGUAG